AUGAAGGAGCAAAUCUACAAACUGGCCAAGAAGGACCUGACUCCCCCCCAGAUCGGCAUGAUCCUGAGUGACGCCUGUGGUGUUGCACAGGCAGCCCGAGAGGAAGGUCCAGGGGGUUACAGGCUGCAAGUGCGUGGCUCGGUGGCCAUGCAGGAGCGUCUAUGUGUGCUCAUGCCCUGCAGCUUCUUGCACCCCCAGGACCAAGGGUCUGACUUUACCUCAGCUCUCGGCUACUGGUUCCGGGAAGGGGCCAAUGCAGACCAGGAUGCUCCAGUGGCCACAAACAACCCAAGUCAUAAAGUGCAGGAGGAGACCCAGGGCCGAUUCUACCUCCUCAGGGACCUCCGAGACUACAACUGCUCCCUGGACAUCAGAGAUGCACAGAGAAGGGACUCGGGGACAUAUUACUUUAGGGUGGAGAGAAGGCCUUAUGUGAAAUAUAGUUACCUACAGAACCAGUGCUCCAUUCAAGUGACAACCCUGACCCACACACCUGACAUCCUCAACCCAGGGACCCUGGAGUCUGGCCGCCCCGGGAACCUGACCUGCUCUGUGCCCUGGGCCUGUGAGCGGGGCACACCCCUCUUCUCCUGGACAUCAGUGUCCCUCACUUCCUUGGGCCCCAGGACCCACCUCUCCUCAGUGCUCACCCUCACCCCACGGCCCCAGGACCAUGGCAUGCUCCUCACCUGUCAAGUGACCUUGCCUGGGGCCAAAGUGACCACGAUGAGGACCAUCCACCUCAAUGUGUCCUACUCUCCGCAGAACUUGAUGGUAACUGUCUCCCAAGGAAAUGGCACAGCACCCACAACCCUGGAGAAUGGCUCAUCUCUUUCAGUCCUGGAGGACCAGUCCCUGCUCCUGGUCUGUGUUGUCAACAGCAACCCCCGUGCCAGGCUGAGCUGGGCCCGGGAGAGCCUGACCCUGUGCUCCUCAAAUCCCUUGAACCUUGGGGUGUUGGAGCUGCCUCAAGUAUAGGAGAAAGAUGAAGGGGAAUUCACCUGCUGAGCUCAGAACCUGAUGGGCUCCCAGCAUGUCUCCCUGAGGCUCUCCCUGCAGAGUGAGUGCACCUGUGGGGGGGGGGGGCUGGAGGAGAACAACAGCACCACCCUCAGGACCCCCAGGAGCCCCCGAGCCUUACAAGGGAGCUCAGUUCUGGGUCCCCUGAUUGAAUCCUGGGCAGGCAGCCUUCCCCCAGAUGCAGCUGCCCCCUCCUCAGGGGAGGAAGAAGAGCUCCAUUAUGCACCCCUCAGCUUUCAUGGGACAGAGCCUUGGGGCUGGCAGGAACAGGUGGCUACUGGUAUCGAGUACUUGGAGAUCAAGAUUCACAAGUAAGAGCGUGCUGAGACCCAGCCCUGGAUUGAGGGAUCUUGGCCCCUGAGGGGCAAAGAAAAGGCCAGAGGCUGA